GGAAUUUUUUACGAUGAACCUAAUCGUGCAUAAUAACUUAGAUAUUAUGUUCCCAACAAGAGCUCACCGCAAGUUACCUAUUUAAUUUAAUAAAUCUUUAAGUGUUAAGGUAACUAUAGCGAAGUGUGUACUCGAUCCUUUUGCUUACUGUACUGGUUACGUGUUCAGUAAUAAGGGAAGAUAUUCGAAGGACGACUUCAAUAUUUCAGUGGAACUCCUGUCGCUGAAGAAGAUCUCUGAUUUUUUCAAGGACCAAAAUUAUAAUCGAAAUGGACAAAAAGGACGACGAUGCUGGCACGUCGUAUUCCUCGGCACGUUCCUCCAGUCACUGCAUGUCCAGAAGAUCGACCAUCUUCAUCGUGGUGUUCCUCUUCGUGGUGUUGGUGUGUGCGGGGUUUCUGGUCCACUUCUGUUGGCCAGGAGCGAAGGAGCCUUCGUAUCCAGAAGAUCACGACAUCAGGCUUCCCCGGUCAAUUUUCCCAGUCAGCUAUGAGCUGUGGCUGCAGCCGUUUAUUAACGGUAAUUUCACAAUACUGGGCGCUGUCAACAUCGUGAUUAACGUCACCAUCCCAACGGAUAACGUGACGCUCCACAUCAGCGACAUCAUCACAAAAAAUGAAACUGUAACGAUCCAUUCUCUACAUGACCUGGACGGUCCUGGUAUUAGGAUAAAAAAACAGUCGUACGACCAUGAGAAGAAUUUCUACGUUGCGCUGCUCGAAGAGGCACUCGAACCUGGCCGAUCAUACAAGUUUCACAUGGAAUAUGAAGGAUAUCUUAAUGAUCAACUAAACGGUUUCUACAGAUCGUCCUACACAAGAUCGGACGGAAGCUUGGUCUUAUUGGCAGCCUCGCAGUUUGAACCAGUUGACGCUAGAAGAGCGUUUCCAUGCUUCGACGAACCUGCGAUGAAAGCCACUUUCGACAUCCACAUAGCCAGGGAGUCCAACAUGACGGCAAUUUCCAACAUGCCUAAAAUUAACACCACUGCUUUCGGUGAAAAUAGUCAAUGGAUGUGGGACCACUUCGGUACAACCUUGCCCAUGUCAACCUACCUCGUGGCGUUCGUAGUGUCGGACUUCCAGCAUGUCGAGUCCAACUACAACGAUCACAUCAAGUUCAGAGUGUGGGCCCGCCAGGACGCCAUUAACCAGACAUGGUACGCAAGUAAAACUGGACCUCAGGCUUUGAGCUUUUUUGAAAAUUACUUCAACAUCUCCUUUCCUCUGCCCAAACAAGACAUGAUCGCCUUACCUGACUUCUCAGCCGGAGCCAUGGAAAACUGGGGGCUUAUAACUUACAGAGAAACUGCUCUGCUUUUGAACCCUGUUGGAUAUUCAGCCUCCAGCCACAGUAGAGUAGCGAACGUGAUCGCGCACGAGCUGGCGCACCAGUGGUUCGGAGACCUGGUCACCAUGGAGUGGUGGUCAGACUUGUGGCUCAACGAAGGAUUCGCCACGUACAUGGCUUACCUCGGAACCAAUUCGGUCGAACCAGACUGGAAUGUGCUGGACACCUUCGUAGUCACGGAUCUACAGAACGUUUUCGCCCUAGACUGCCUUGAAUCUUCUCAUCCAAUCAGCGUCGCAGUUGAAUUUCCCAACGACAUCAACCAGCUGUUCGACGAUAUUUCAUACUCUAAAGGUGCUUCUAUCAUACGGAUGAUGAAUCAUUUCUUGACCGAAGAAACUUUUAAAGCCGGACUGACAAAAUAUCUCAAUGUUCACCAGUUCGGCAACGCCGCACAGGACGAUCUCUGGCAAUGUUUGACUGAACAAGGACGCGCUGAUGGCACCUUACCGGAACACCUCUCAGUCAAAACCAUCAUGGAUACCUGGACGCUGCAGAUGGGAUACCCUGUCAUAUCUGUGCACCUCUCGCGUGACGGACAAGCGACACUCACGCAGAAGCGAUUUUUAAUGGUCAACACUUCAGUUUCGACUGAUACCCACGAUUACAAAUGGUGGAUACCAAUCACAUUCACCACUCAGGACUCUCCAGACUUUUCCGUCACCAAAGCAUCUCACUGGAUGCCUGCUUUGGGAAGCAGUUACGUCAUCGAUGGUUUACCGACGAAUCAAUGGCACCUUUUUAAUCUCGAGCAAACUGGAUAUUACAGAGUUAACUAUGGCGUUGAAAAUUGGAACCUUUUAAUCAACCAACUCCAGGACAACUCAUCCGUUUUGUCUCUCGUCAGCCGAGCGCAACUGGCCGAUGAUUCCUUCGACCUGGCAAGAGCGGGUGAACUUGACUAUGACAUUCCAUUGCAAAUAAGUUCUUAUUUAGAAGCAGAAAAAGAAUUCGUUCCAUGGAGUGCUGCUCUCAGUAACCUGGCGUACUUGGAGAAUAUGUUUACUCGCACUAGAGGCUACGUUGCUCUCAGGAAUUACCUCCUUGGGAUCCUAAUUCCACUCUACAAUGACGUCGGAUUUGAGGACAAUCCAGACGACACUCAUUCGCUGCAGAACAAGAGGGUAUUGGCCGUAGCCUGGACCUGCGCGCUCGAGUAUAGUGACUGCGUCGUAAAAUCCGUCUCUUCGUAUGCCAACUGGAUGGCAAACCCAACCAAAAUAUCGGACAUCUCUGACAAUUUGAAGCCCACGAUAUAUUGCACUGCAAUUGCGAGAGGCGGAGAGGACGAGUGGAACUUCGCGUGGUCGCAGUACCGCCUUUCGAACGUCGCCUCUGAGAAAGCCACACUCCUGGGCGCACUUGGCUGCUCCAGAGAAAUAUGGAUUCUGGCGAGGUUCCUGGAGAUGGCGUUCACGGAGGGUAGCGGCAUCAGGAAGCAAGAUGCCACGCGUGCUUUCAGUGCCGUCGCUGCUAACGACGUGGGUCGAGAUCUUGCAUGGGACUUCCUCAGAAACAACGUCAUGUGGAUCUCAAACUAUCUUCAAACAUUUACGGCGGUUAGCGCACUGGUUACUGAUGCCGCGUCUGAAUUCAACACUCCUCUAAACUACCAGGAGCUGUUGAAAUUCAAGAGUGAUUUCUCGGAAGAGCUUGGCAGUGCAACUUACGCCAUCGAUCAGAGCAUCGAGAACACAUCCAACAACAUCGCCUGGAUGGACAACUACUACGACUACAUCGUCAACUGGCUGCAUGAUCAUGGAUACGAAUGAAGGCUUAGCAGUUGCUCGAUCAGCAUCCACGAUUCAACCGACCUGCAUCCACGAUUAAACUGUCCAGCAACCACGAUUCAACCGACCAACAUUCACAAUUCAACCGACCAGCAUCCACGAUUCAACCAUCCAGCAUCCACGAUUCAACCGUCCAGCAUCCACGAUUCAACCGACCAGCAUCCACAAUUCAACCGAUCAGCAUCCACGAUUCAACCGACGAGCAUCCACGACUCAACCGUCCAGCAUCCACGAUUCAACCUACCAGCAUCCACGAUUCAUCCGUCCUGCAUCCACGGUUCAACCGGCCAGCAUCCACGAUUCAACCGACCAGCAUCCACGAUUCAACCGCGCUGCAUCCACGAUUCAACCGACCGGCAUUCACGAUUCAACCGGCCUGCAUCCACGGUUAAACUGACCAGCAUCCACGAUUCAACCGACCUGCAUCUACGAUUCAACCGACCAGCAUUCACGAUUCAACCGGCCAGCAUCCACGAUUGUGUUGGUGUGGAUCAGGUUGAUCUGCGUUAGAUUAUUCUGUUGAACUGCGGCAGAUUAUUCUGUUGAUCUGCAGUAGAUUAUUCUGUUGAUCUUGGGUAAAUUAUUCAUGUAGUGGAUCAAGCACCAUAUCCUGAAAGCAGAGGUGAUGCGUGAUUGAGACAUUUAUUAAUCGGUGACUUGGUUGAUGAUAUAUUGAACGAAAAAUAAUUCUUUUGUUAAAAUUUGCAGUUCGUUCGUUCAAAUUAGAGUUUUGUAAACUGUAAAAGGGAUCUUACUAUGAAAGUUCGACUAUGUGAUGUAAAUUUAGUCCUAUAUAGUAGGUAUUCGUUUUGCGUUUUAAACAAAAAUUAUUAGCGAAGAAUGAAUAAGCAUAGAAAAAACUCAUAUUUGAUUAUAGCACUUUGAAUGAAAAUUAUAUUCCUUGGUUCGAGUGUAUUCAAUCAGGCCUGGCAGAAUAGAAACAAUUUUCGUGUAUUGUUUUUCCUUGAGGUUCCUAAGCGAUCAAGUGAUUACUAAGCGAGAACGUUUCCAAGUCACUCCUUCCACUAUAAAGUUCUUUAUCUUCAAAUUGUGUCUUUUGCUCUUCGGUAAACUGAUAUCAUCUCAACAGAAACUUCCUUACACUCAGGGUGACUUAGCGUAGAUCGAGUAAUUGGUUAAUUAUAUUUAUAUAUCUAAGGUAAUAGUUAAGAGUAAGGGCAGGAUUUUCACAUCAUACUUGAUUAGUAUUUUCUUUACAAGACACUACCUUCAUAAAAAUUUAAUACACGUGUGUAUUUGCAGUAACCGUGAAUAUUUCUGGUAUUUAGUGUUGCACUUUUAGAAAUGAUUUAAUGUGCCUUCUUGUACAAUGUACAUUACAAUAUGCACUUUUCGGAAGCUCUUUAAUUU